CGCCGCAUUGUUAACAACUUUACCCAGCAGCCCAGCCAAGGCUCAAUCGUACAAGAAACUAAAUCCAAAUAUUCACAAUUUUCCAAACUAAACAAUUCUACAUCAUCUUCGCUAGCUCUUUCCCUCCAAACUAAAAUAAAAUAAUAAAAAAUUCUAAUUAAAUAUCGCGUUCAGUAUUAAAUAAAAGAAAUCCCCGAGUGUUAAACAAUUGCAACAAGUUGUUGUUGCUUAUUGAUUCUAUGCGGAAACGGAAGCCGGUUGACAACACUGCGUAUGUGUAAUAUUUGUUCUCGACUUCGUCUGUGAGCCUUUUGAGAGACAUAACAAGUAAAGAUUAUAUAUUUUUGUGGAAAAUUCCGAUUUUGGAAAACUUUUAUGAGAAAAUUAUUUUGAGAAAAAACAAAAAGUAAGGAUUUGUACCAUCACGUGCUGAAGAUAGAACAAUAAUAAUAAUUUUUGUGGUGCUCGCGAGUGAAAGUUGGUGCGUGUGCGUGUGUUUAAGUUUAAGAAACGUCCUUGUGCCUCCUACUACUACUACUACAACAUCUAUUUAUAUAUAUACACAAGAAAUAUAUACUAGAACGUGCGUAAAUCAUUACGUCCUCAGUUUCGCUUACGUCCUUAUUUCCUUUCUGCGCAAACUCCAAGCCGAAAAUCCUGAAAAAAAAUCGGAAAAAAAACUUUCAGCAAGUUCAAGUCUAAGGACACACAACAACACAAAACAGCUGAGGCAAGGACAUGCUAGGCGAAAUGAAGCCUGAUUAUAGAAGCCAUCAUAGAAGUCACCAGGAAGGACACUCCACCGACCAGAACCAUUAGAAAGGAAGAAAGCAAAAAACGAAAAGAAUAUUUCUAUUGCCGCCGUGCUGGAUCACAAGCGCCGUUCAGGGCGCCGAACAGGUGUGUUACCUGUCUUUGUGUUAUAACUUUGUGUUGUGUGUCGUGUUGUGUUCUUUGUUUGCUUGACUGUCCUUCAUAUAGUAUAAGAAUAUUAUAUUUUGGGUCUAUAAUGCGCGAUCGCCUUGCCUCACUGAUUGUGGUGAAGCAAGAAGGCGGCAACAAUCAUCGGGAGGCAAUCGAACUGCUGCAGCCGGCCAUCAAGUGUGAAGCUUCACUGCACUACGAGAGCAGUCUGUAUCACGAGAUCAAUAACAAUUCCUGCUAUAGACCAAACCUAAACACACACCCACAAACACACCAGCCACUGCAACACCUGCCACACCACCAGCAGCCACAUCUACAGCAGCAGCAACUCCAGCCACAUUCAUUGCCACCGCCCUUGCCACCAUUGAUUUAUCCUUGCCGCAAUCUCUUUCCCGACGGUUGCGAUAUCACUCACCUGGCCUGCUGCAGUUCCUCCAUCGACUCCCCCACCAACCCCACCGGCAAUCACACCGCAUUUUUUGCCAAUGGAAAUACGUGUGCAGGUGCAGCAAUAGCAACAUCCACUGAGUCGAGGAAAAUAGGAAAAUUGCUGGCCGACCUGAGUCCACGGGUCGCGGGGAAAUUGAAAAGCGAGAAAAGUGACAGUAACAGCGGUAGCAGCAGCAACAACUGUGACAGCCCAGCAGCGACAUCAGUAGCUGCUACCACAGCGGCAACAUCAACGACCCCAACAACAAACUCUGCAACAGGAGGAGUCACUGCUACUGCAACUGCAACUGCAACAGCAACUGCGAAAGCAACAACAGAAGCAGCAGCAGCAGCAAUAAAUUCAACAAAAAUCAGCCAAGUUAGGCUCAAUAACCAAGCGACAACAAGCAUGUUACUUUUGCAACCCAAUAGCUCCUUUAGUUCAUUGUCGCCCUUUGAUAAUUUCUCCACACAAUCCGCGACGACGAAUACAACUUCGUCGGCAGCUGGCCACCAACUAAUCCAUCAGCAACAUCAUCAUCAGCAGCAACAGCAGCAGCAUCUGCAACAGCAGCAACAACAUCAUCACCAUCAUCAUCAGCAGCAGCAGCAGCAACAUCUGCAACAUCAGCAAGAGCAGCAACAACAGCAGCAGCUCCUGAGCCCCCAACAACACCUCUUGAAAACCGAGUCCUUGCUGUCCCAUGAAGAGGAUCAGUUGAUCAGCAACCUGACCGAAUCGGCUGUAGUCUCCCACAGCGAGCUCUUCUCGGAUCUCUUCUUCCCCUCGGACUCCAACAACUCCCUGCUCUCGCCCACCACCAGCGGCUAUCCCGAUAAUCCCGCCGAGGAUCUGACCAGCUCCAUUGAGAAUCUCACCAAGUUGACUUGCUUGAGGGACAAGCGAUUGUCCUCCAUUCCCGAACAGCAGCUGAGCUCCGAACAGGAGCAGCAACUGUGUUUGCUGAGUCUGCGAUCUAGCAGCGAUCCUGCCAUUGCUCUCCACGCCCAACAGCAGCAACAACAACAGCAGCAGCAGCAACACCAGCAGCAGCAACAUCCCCAACAACAUCACCAGCAACUCCAGCUGAUCUCGCCCAUUGGAGGGCCCUUGUCCUGCGGCAGCAGCUUGCCCAGCUUCCAGGAGACCUAUUCCCUGAAGUACAACAGCAGCAGUGGCAGCAGCCCCCAACAAGCUUCCGCAUCUGCCUCGGCAUCCGCAUCCGCGUCCGCCUCUUCAUCCAACACCGCUCCCACGCCCACAGACCAGGUGCUGACUCUCAAGAUGGACGAGGACUGUUUUCCGCCCCUGGCCCCGGCAAGCUGGAGUGCCAGUCCACCGUCGCAGCUCCAGCAGUUGCAUACAAUGCAAUCCCAGUCCCAGAUGUCGCAUCCCAACAGCAACAGCAAUAGCAACAACAACGGUGGUGGCGGCAACAGCAACAACAACAGCGGGGCAUACAACUACCAUGGGCACUUCAACGCCAUCAACGCCAGCGCCAAUCUGUCGCCCAGCUCCUCGGCCAGUUCCUUGUACGAGUACAACGGUGUGUCCUCGGCGGACAACUUUUACGGACAGCAGCAGAGCUAUCAGCAACAUAACUACAACUCGCACAAUGGCGAACGGUACUCGCUGCCGACGUUCCCCACCAUAUCGGAGCUGGCGGCUGCCACCGCUGCCGUAGAAGCAGCAGCAGCGGCGGCCAACGGUUCCUCCUCAUCGGCUGUGGGAGGUCCAGCUCCUGUGCGACGAGCAUCUUUGCCCGUUCAGCGGACCGUCUCACCAGCCGGCUCCUCGGCGCAGAGCCCGAAACUGGCCAAGAUUACGCUCGGCCAGAGGCACGCCCACGCUCAUCCCCUCCAGCUGAACUCGGCCCCCAAUUCAGCGGCCAGUUCGCCGGCAAGUGCUGAUCUCCAUGCGGGCCGUAUGCUUCCAGCUCCAUCGCAACUCUGUGCGGUUUGUGGUGACACCGCGGCUUGCCAGCACUACGGAGUGCGCACCUGCGAGGGCUGCAAGGGAUUCUUCAAGCGAACGGUCCAGAAGGGCUCCAAGUACGUGUGCCUGGCGGACAAAAACUGUCCGGUGGACAAGAGGCGGCGAAACCGCUGCCAGUUCUGCCGCUUCCAGAAGUGUCUGGUCGUGGGUAUGGUCAAGGAGGUGGUUAGAACCGAUUCACUGAAGGGCCGAAGGGGACGCCUUCCCUCCAAACCAAAGUCCCCCCAGGAGUCACCGCCAUCGCCGCCCAUUUCCCUGAUCACCGCCCUCGUGCGCAGCCAUGUGGACACCACCCCGGAUCCCUCCUGCCUGGACUACACCCACUAUGAGGAGCCGUCCAUGAGCGAGGCGGACAAGGUGCAGCAAUUCUAUCACCUGCUGACUAGCUCAGUGGAUGUGAUAAAGCAGUUUGCCGAGAAGAUACCCGGCUACUUGGAUCUCACGCCGGAGGAUCAGGAGCUGCUCUUCCAGAGCGCCUCCUUGGAGCUAUUCGUUCUCAGGCUUUCGUAUCGCGCCCGAAGCGAUGACACCAAGCUAAUCUUCUGCAAUGGCACGGUCCUGCAUCGUAGCCAGUGCCAGCGAUCCUUUGGAGAAUGGCUGAACGACAUCAUGGAGUUCAGUCGCAGUCUGCAUAGCCUGGAGAUCGAUAUCUCGGCCUUUGCCUGCCUAUGUGCCCUCACUCUGAUCACAGAACGCCAUGGCCUCCGGGAGCCUAAAAAAGUGGAGCAGUUGCAGAUGAAGAUCAUUGGCAGCCUGCGGGAUCAUGUCACCUACAAUGCCGAGGCCCAGAAGAAGCAACACUACUUCAGCCGGCUCCUGGGCAAGCUUCCCGAGCUGCGAUCCCUCAGUGUCCAGGGACUGCAGCGCAUCUUCUACCUGAAGCUGGAGGAUCUAGUGCCGGCGCCAGCUCUCAUCGAGAACAUGUUCGUCACCACACUGCCCUUCUAGAGGGCUACCACACCAUCAUCACAACUCUGCUUCCUUAAAAUAGAAUUAAGUAAUGCCCCCUAAGAUAUAUAUAGGUAAACCCAUGAAAAACCCUACAUAACUCUAGAUCUAAUAGAACACCGAAAUAAAUAAAUCUCACUGAAAAGAAACAGAAUAAAAACGGAAAGAAAAUAAAGUAGACCCAGGCCAUAUCUUUAGAGUAGAGGUGUAGAUAUAUAUAUAGUUUCGUUGGACAGCACCGCCCCGUGGAUAAUUACGGACAUGAAUAUUUGAGAGGCAGAGAGGGUUUCCAGCAGUGGAGACCACAACUCCUGCGUGACUCGUCGUCAGGUCUGGAAAUUACCUACAACUUGUUGACGUUAAUUGUUAAAUUGUUUAAUUUUAACUGUCAAAAUCAAUAGGCAGGCACGCAACGGAAUCACUUUCAAUCGUAUCCCCCUGGACUCGAGCUUGCUCAACGGACAAGCGGACACACGGACAAACGGACACCACACGCUCUCUUGCCUUUUUGCUAAAUUCUAGUCAAUUGUUUUAGGCAACAAAAAAAAAAAUAUACAAAUAUUAAAAUAUAUACAUAAAGUAAAGCUGCAGCAAUAGAGUUAUAAUUUAAAUCACAAAUUGGAAAACUUCAGUAAGGAUCUUUUUUAAGGUACUAUCCCUAUUCCAGUUUUUGGAAAUCAACUAUCAUAUCAUAUAGCAAUGCCAUGCUUGCCGUUAGCUAAUAUAUAUAGACCCGCAGAUAAAGAUAAUACACCCUAUUUAAUAUUUCUAUUAAAUCAUAGUCUAAGGCUUCUUUAUUAGACUAAGACUAAGGUUCUGUUCGAUUUUUCAAUGCACUCGAUUAGUGCACGAUGAGAGUUAAGGUACCUUUUUGUGAUGAUUGUGUCUGACACAGAGAGAGUUGCACACAAACACACAAACUAGUUGAUAAGUAAUACUAUAAAUAAAUAAUAUCUAAAAAGGAAGUUACCCCUUUAAACUAAAACCAGUGAAAAAGAACCCUUUGAUUUAACCUUAACCACUCCAAAACUAUGUUCUCAAAGAAACGCAAAAUGGAUUCUCUACGUGUGUGUUAUUUCUAUGGAAAACCCCUCUAUGUGAUUUUGUGAUAGAUUGGCAUUGAACUCUAUAUUUAUAUAUAUAACAAAAACAAAUAA